AUGGAUUGGAUGAAAAACAAUGUUGAACCCGUCGUCCCCGGGACCCGUAUUCAUGGAUAUAUAGUCGGAAACGAGGUUCUAGGCGGUGGCGAUCAGGAACUCUGGGAGGUCCUGCUACCGUCGGUGAAAAACAUCCACACUGAUCUCGACCUCCUCCACCUAGCCGACGAUGAGGUUUCAAGCCCACAUUCCGCUGGAAUAGAAGACGCGAAAACGAAAUUACAUUAUGAUAACAUCUUCGAAGCACAAAUCGAUGUCACUUACACUGCUUUGGAAAAAGCUGGAUUUGAGAAGAUGGAGGUUAUAGUAUUGGAAACCGGAUGGGCUUCAAAUGGUGAAGCGAAUGAAGCCGGAGCUAUGUUGAGUAAUGCGAGAACAUAUAAUCUCAACUUACGUAAAAGACUACUGAAGAAGAAAGGUACACCUUACAGACCAAAUUCAGAAAGAGACUCGCCUUUCUGUCCAUCUGCAAUUUCUGAAAUCCCUAAUCACCUAAUCAUAUUUGAUUAA